UUAAAGCGUGACAUGCAUAUAAGCAUAGUAUUCAUCCGCUUGUUGCCCUGCAUUUACAAAAAAGAAGCAACAAAGGAUCACAUUUUUGCUAAUGGAGAAUCAUACUUUGCUUCAAAUAAUCGCAUCUUUUGCUUUAGCAUCGAUUCUCGCACUACUUUUCCGGCUGUACGGAGCCAUAGUGGCGGCGCCGCGGCGGCUGCGGCGAGUUCUGAGGCAGCAAGGCGUCGGAGGGCCGCCCCCAUCUUUUCUACUCGGUAACCUCUCAGACAUCAAAAAAUCACGAACUUCCGCCGAGGCUGCCGCCGCCGUUGCCGCCGCUGUCGCAUCACCGGCUUCUCAUAACUGUGGAGCUAUUUUAUUUGCCGUUUUUAAUGAAUGGAGGCGGCAAUACGGUGAUAUGUAUACGUUUUCGCUGGGAAAUAAACCAAUACUAGUUGUGAACAAAUAUGAUGUAAUAAAAGAGGUGGUUACAUGCAUAUCCCACGAUUUGGCGAAACCUUAUUCCGGAUUAGAUUUGGAAUCUUUGUUUGGCAACGGCAUUGUCACAUCAAACGGCCAAAUUUGGGCUCAUCAGAGGAAGAUUCUUGCUCCUCAACUGUUCACUGACAAAGUCAAGGCAAUGACAAAUUUGAUUGAAGAAUCAGCAUUGAUGUUGAUAGAAUCAUGGAAGGAUGUGAUAGAUGGUGAAGGUGGUGAAGCAGAUAUCAAAAUUGAUGACUACUUACAAAAAUUCUCUGGAGAAGUGAUUUCAAGAGCUUGUUUUGGAAGCAGCUAUGCUGAAGGAGAACAACUUUUUCAAAAACUUGCAGCUCUUCAAAAAGUUACAACCAAGAAAGGAUUCUCUCUAGGCAUUCCUGGCAUGGGAUAUAUUCCCACAAAGCACAAUAGGAGAUCAUGGGAGUUGCAGGGAGAUGUGAGAGAAUUGAUCUUGAAGUUAUUAAAACAAAAAAAAGAAGCAAACUUAGAGAAAAAUAUGCUUGGAGUGAUUCUUGAAGGGGCUCAAAGCAGUAAUAACUCAAGCUUAGAUACAAUCGACAAAUUCACCAUUGAUAACUGCAAAAGCAUUUAUUUUGCUGGAUCCGAAUCUACUGCAACUACAGCAUCUUGGUGCCUUAUGUUAUUAGCUGCAAAUCAAGAAUGGCAGCAACGCGUGAGAGAGGAAGUUGUUCGAGUCUGCAGAGGAAAAACUAUAGAUUCUGAUUCUCUUAGAGAUAUGAAACAGUUGACGAUGGUGAUCAAUGAAUCACUAAGGCUCUACCCUGCAGUGCCUGUUAUGGCAAGAGAGGCACUAAAGGAGCUCGAAUUUGCCGGUACUCGUAUUCCAAAGGGUGUUACUAUAUGGAUAUUGGUAAUAGCUUUGCACACAGAUCCAAACAUAUGGGGGCCAGAUUCUUACCAAUUUAAACCAGAGAGGUUCGCCAACGGUACAAGCGGCGCGUGCAAACUACCACAUUUGUUCAUGCCAUUUGGGUUCGGGCCAAGGAUAUGCUUAGGGCUGAACCUAGCCAUGGUUGAGCUCAAGAUACUUCUUGCUCAUAUAUUGUCCAACUUCUCUAUCUCUCUCUCUCCAAAAUAUGUUCAUUCUCCGUCGAUGAAUCUAGUUCUUGAGCCAAGAAAUGGGGUCCAUCUCGUGAUUAAAAGGUUGGAUCGCCAUGUUGCUGCUUCUUGAUAUUCACAAUAUUGUCACGUGACAAUGUGCUUCAUUUCAAAUUCUUGUUAUGUGCCAAUAAAUGACAUUUUAAUUUAUUUUUGUUGUUGUUAAACAAAUAAUCAUAAAUAUCGUGUGAUGGUGGACUUAAACUUGAAA